AUGGUCUCCACCCGAACAAAGGGUAGUCCAGUCGUUAUGCUCGACGACCAUGACAAACCCGUGCAGCAACCAACGGCAUCGCCAACAAAACCCGGCAACAAACCGUCCAACAAACAAUAUAAGAAACCCACCGAAGACCCUACCGAUCCGAAAUCGAAAACCCAGACGAGGAAAUCCAUACAAAAACCUUCUGACGGUAGACCUGAGGACAAAACCGUAGUAACAAAAAGCACACGGAGUACGCGAAGGAAUCCAAACCCAGCCGAACCUGAGGUAGCAGUGUUAUCAGAGCCAGAGCAGAUCCUGCAAAAGCGAAGUCCGCGUAAAAUACAAAAUAAUCCUCAACCGCCGAAAACAACCGCUUCCAAAAAUGAAUCGUUUGAUUUACCGCCUGAUAAUGGAGAGAUUCAGUCGACACCUAGAGCUUCGGGGAAAGUAGUUAAAUAUAAAGGGAGGAAUGUCGUUUUGAAAGCCCUGAAAGCAAACCCGACACCGACAAUUGAAGUUGAGAUCAUUGAACAGAAUGGAAAGGAAGCAAACGGCGGAAGGGAGGAGCAGGAAGUUACGGCUGAGGGAGAUGACGGAGAUGAUGAGCGGGACGAAGACGAUUUACCAGAUGUGGACGAUACCCUGGGAGGCGGCGAACUUCGAGUUGGUGCCCAAGUCGAAGAUGCUGAGUAUGUUCCAGAAGUAGAGGUAGAAACAGAACAGGAACCCGGAAAGCGUCCGAAGAAAUUAGGGAGGCCACCCAAGGGAAAUGAACGUUCUAAACUCAACCCCCCCAAAACCCGAAAGCGUAACGGCGAGAAUAGGCAGCCGACGAAGAAGAAGAGGCGAAACGACAUUGGGGAAAACUACGGCGACUACGACGACGAAUCGGAAAUAGAUGAGGACAGGCUUCGAAAGAUGCGCCUGGGAGAAUGCGAAGCAAAACUCAUAGCUAGAAUGACUAGCAUGCAGCAGGAAUUGACCAUAACGUAUUCAAAUAUGGAAAGCGACCGUAAAUCGAUCCAGAGACGACUGAAAGCAGCCGACUAUAUCAUGAUGGACACCGUCAAAGACUUUAACGACCUCGGCAUCUAUAACGGAAUAGCAAUCGGGAAGGAUGACCCCAAUUACCGAACCGCCCCCCCAAGAAUUCUUCGUGGGGAUCCGUUCCCCCAGGGUGCAACCGACUUCGAUGCCAACCACCCGGCCAUCCAAGCUUUAUUCCCAGACGAACGAAUGGCCUAUGAGGCCGAGAUAUUUACCACCCAGCUUAAUCAUAUCGAAGAAGCGCUUGAUGCAGUUAACAGUCUCCACAAGAUCUCCGAGAGGAUCUGGUUACUGAGUGUGAAGUACAGGACACUUUUGCAAAGACAAAGGGACUUUUUGAAAACUUGCAAGUCCCAUGCGGAAGGUGUUAAAAAGGAGUAUGUCGCAAGGAGGGAAGAGGAAAGCGAAUUCAAUCGGGAGCCCGUAGGGGUUAGGACCCGACCCUGGGGUCCGGUUCUCGCCAAACCGGAACGCCUACACCAACGAGGGGAACAGGUUCGAGGGCACCCAGCGAAACCCUCCUCGCCGGCUGUUAGUCGGAAGCGAAGAUUGGAUGUCCCUGAUACCAUCGCUCCGAAGCGUCCAAGGCCGACCAUUGAGCAAGGUCGACCCAGUCGACAAUACGAAUCGUCGGCAUCGGAGUCUGCUAGCGUCGGAGGGCCUAGCACUCCACCUCCCGCAGAUAGGGUUGUCGUGGAACUAUUCGGGGAUCAUACCCCGGGUAGGACCCGACGUAUUCACCAACACCCAGCGGCCUCGACUGACCAAACUUCGGCCCGCCCCUCCGGUAUCCACGACGAUAAUGCGCCGUGGACGUCGGAGGAAAACAACGCUCUCGACGGCGCCCUCCGCCAAAUCAGAGAAGGGGAGGGCCGGUGGCGCUUAAUUAAAGCGCACUUUGGGGGACCAGGGACGGUGCUCUCAGAGAGGAGCAGCCGGGAGAUCCGAGAGAAAGCGUGGGAGUAUAAGAUGAGGAUUGAAAACAGUGGGCAGGACCUUCCAGACUACUGGAAGAAUAUUGGAGAUCCCUCCGACUACAAGGGGGAGGAUUAA